AACAGCAUAAUCUUUACGACAGUCCUGCAAUAAGGAGGUUCUAAAGACGUACAAACAUGAAAGUAUUGAUCUUCGCAUCUUGCAUUAUUGCACUUGCCUCUGCAAGUCUGCCACACUUGCACUCCGUGUCCGCCGGUGGUCUUCCUCUCGACACCCCCGAGGUAGCCGCCGCCAAAAUCCAGCACUACCAUGACUUCGCCGUUGCUGCCCAAAGAAACGGUGUAGCUGCCGGUUACGCCGCCUACCCAGCUUACAGCUACGCCGCCUACCCAGCUUACGGCUACGCCGCCGCUUACUCUUACCCGGUUAUCGGUGCUGACGGCCAACCCUUGGAGACCCCAGAAGUACAAGCUGCCAAAGCCAGCCACUUCGCCGCUCACGCCGAAGCUAAAGCUCGCACCGGAGCUCUGACCCCUGCUCCAGUUCACUACGGAUCUUACUACUACGGUGGCGCUGUAAUCGGAGCUAACGGACAACCAUUGGAAACACCCGAGGUACAAGCUGCCAAAGUCGGCCACUUCGCCGCUCAUGCCGAAGCCAGGGCUCGCUCUGCAGCUGCCGGUGCUGCCAUAGGUGCCGACGGACAUCCUUUGGAAACUCCGGAAGUGCAAGCCGCCAAAGCCAGCCACUUCGCCGCCCAUAUUGAAGCUAAAGCUCGUUCCGGCGCCCUUGUAGCCGCUCCAGUCUACAGCGGGUACUACGGACACAUUCCGGCAAUCGUCAACGGCGUUCCAGUAGAAACUCCAGAAGUACAAGCUGCCAAAGCUAAACAUUUAGCUGCUCACGUUGAAGCCAACGUACGUUCCGGAGUAGCUGCUCCUUUGGCUGUUUAUGGUGCCAGUUAUGGAUACGGUUAUCAUGUGCCAGCUAUUGUAAACGGUGUACCAGUUGAAACCCCAGAAGUACAGUUGGCCAAGGCCGGUCAUUUUGCUGCACAUGCAGCCGCUGCCCAACGUGCUGCUUUGGCUCCUGCAGAACAAUGGCAAUGGGGCGGCGGUGCCCCGUAUAGGAAGAGCAUAGGUGAAGAGAGAAUUGUCGUAUCUUGCGCUUUGGCUGUUGCCUCUGCCGGUCUCAUCCACGCCCCAUAUGCUCACCAACUCCAACACAUCCCAGUAAUCGGACCAAACGGAGUCCCAGUUGAACCCGCCGAAGUCCAAAUCGCCAGAGCCGAACACCUCGCCGCCCACGGACACAGCCACGCCGUUGUCGCCCCACACGUCGCCACCGUCAACGGUCUCCCCUUGGACACCCCCGAAGUAGCCGCCGCCAAGAUCCAACACCACCACGACUACGCCGUCGCCGCCCACAGAAACGGAGUAGCCGUUGCUCACGGAGUUCCAGUAGCCCAUGCCCUUCCAGUAGCUCACGCUCUUCCAGUAGCUCAUAUCGCUCAUGCUCACGGUGCCGUCAUUGGCGUCAACGGCGCUCCAUUGGAAACCCCAGAAGUACAAGCCGCCAAAGCCGCUCAUUUCGCCGCUCACGUUGAAGCCAACGCUCGUUCCGGUCAUUUGGUAGCUCCUUUGGCCGCCGCCGUACACGGAGUACACGCUGUACCAGUUGUAGCUGGAGGUUUGCCUUUGGACACCCCCGAAGUAGCUGUUGCCAAGGCCCAACAUUUGGCCGCUCAUGCUGAAGCUGCUCAUCGUGAUCAUCUUGCUCCAAUUGUCGUAUCUUGCGCUUUGGCUGUUGCCUCUGCCGGACUCAUCCACGCCCCAUAUGCCCACCAACUCCAACACAUUCCAGUCAUCGGACCAAAUGGAGUCCCAGUUGAACCCGCCGAAGUCCAAAUCGCCAGAGCCGAACACCUCGCUGCCCACGGACACAGCCAUGCCGUUGUUGCCCCACACGUCGCCACCGUCAACGGUCUCCCCUUGGACACCCCCGAAGUAGCCGCCGCCAAGAUCCAACACCACCACGACUACGCCGUCGCCGCCCACAGAAACGGAGUAGCCGUUGCUCACGGAGUUCCAGUAGCCCAUGCCCUUCCAGUAGCUCACGCUCUUCCAGUAGCUCAUAUCGCUCACGCUCACGGUGCCGUCAUUGGCGUCAACGGCGCUCCAUUGGAAACCCCAGAAGUACAAGCAGCCAAAGCCGCUCAUUUCGCUGCUCACGUUGAAGCCAACGCUCGUUCCGGUCAUUUGGUAGCUCCUUUGGCCGCCGCCGUACACGGAGUGCACGCUGUACCAGUUGUUGCUGGAGGUUUGCCUUUGGACACCCCCGAAGUAGCUGUAGCCAAGGCCCAACAUUUGGCCGCUCAUGCUGAAGCUGCUCAUCGUGAUCAUCUUGCUCCAGUCGCUCAUUCCGCGUGGUGGUAAAACAUCAAUAGUUUGUGGAUGGUUUUUGUGUAGUUUUUUAUAUUAAAUAAAAUUUUCUUUUACCUGUA